AUGGGCCUCAGCAACUCCGCCGUCAUCGUCAUCGUGAUCGUCGCCUGCCUGGCCUCCGUCACACUCGGCGCCGCGCUCUUCCGCCAGUACAACCCGGCCGAGGGCGGACUGGUCGGGCACGACUUCCCGCGCGAGCAGCAGAUGUACAUGCGCUCGGUGCGCCUGAAGAACAUGGGCUUUAACUAUCGCGAGAGUCGCACGCCGAUGCCGAGGGAUGUGGAGAGUGCGAUGACUGCGGAUGACUCGUCGAGGUAUUAG